CACGAUGACCUACAACUUGGAUGAGCUCAAGAAGCGCACGGUCGUCUCGAGUACUUCGCACAACAUUUCAAGCAAUCUCAAACAAACCGCCAAACAUGAGAAAGCGCCGGAUACGUCGAAGUCGUCGAUCAGCGAGAUCACGCGCACCCAUCCGACGGCGUACGUAAUAUUCGCCUCGUUGCUGCUCGAUCUGCUGGCGUUCACCAUGAUCCUUCCAUUGUUGCCGUCGCUUCUCGAGUACUACCGGAAAAAUGAUAAUCAGUUGUACGUGUACCUGGCGGCCAGCAUUAAGCAGUUCCAGGUGUGGAUUGGUGCUCCGGAACGGUACACCAGCGUGCUAUUUGGCGGGGCCCUCGGAUCGAUGUUUAGCUUUCUGCAGUUUGUAAGCAGCCCGAUCGUGGGCGCUCUCUCGGAUUACUACGGCCGCAAGCCGCUGAUGGUGCUGUGUGCGACAGGAAUUGCGGCAUCGUACGGACUGUGGGCAUACUCGGAAUCUUUCCUGCUGUUUGUGAUCGCCCGGUUUGUCGGUGGCAUCAGCAAGGGCAACGUGUCGCUCUGUAUGGCCGUAAUUACGGACGUGUCGAACCAGCAGAACCGUGGCAAGGCGAUGGCACUGGUUGGGAUAGCGUUUUCGCUCGGCUUCAUCGCGGGCCCUAUGAUCGGGGCCAUGUUUGCGCGGUUCUCGGACAAGACGGGCACGCUGUGGUUUUUCGCGCCCGCCAUGUUCGCCAUGCUGCUGGCGGUGGCCGACAUUCUGUUUUUGGUGCUGUGCCUGAAGGAAACGCUACCGAAGGAGAAGCGAUCGCGACAGAUCAUCAACUCGCUGUCGCACGCACUCGAUCAUAUCAGUAUUCGAGCGCUGUUCCGAUUUUCCGCGGUGGAAAACCUGCCGCAGAAGGACGUGCGCUCGUUGCGUCGGUUAGGCGUGACGUACUUUUUGUAUCUCUUCCUGUACUCCGGACUGGAGUUUACGGUCACGUUUUUAAUGUACCACAAGUUCGGCUACACCUCGAUCGAUCAGGCCAAGAUGUUUCUCACCACAGGUGUCCUCAUGGCCAUACUGCAGGGAUCGGUCGUUCGUCGGCUACCGGACCGGCUGGUGCAGACGUCAGCAGUAUUCGGGUUAUAUUUAAUCAUUCCUGCCUUCAUCAUCGUCGGUUUGGCCGAGUCAUCUCCGGUGCUCUAUUUGGGCAUGGUUCUGUUCGCAAUCUCGACUGCCUUCGUGGUUACCUGUAUGACGACAAUCACGUCCAAGUACGGCAAUUUCCACCAGAAGGGCACCGUGCUGGGAGUGUUCCGGUCGCUGGGAGCACUGGCACGGGCCGUCGGCCCGAUCGUCGCUUCCGUGGCGUUCUGGAGCGUCGGGGCACGGAUCACGUACAUUGUUGGCGGAGUACUGCUGCUGUGGCCGGCUCUCAUGAUGCAGUACUUAAAGAUAUAAUCCUUCCAUUCCACCUUGCUAUUGCCGUUCUUCAUUCUUUAUAGUAUUUUUUGAACCACUUAUACCUAGAUAUUUAUGUGAAACGUUUACAAGUUGAUAUUGAGCAUCGUAAGUUUUCUAUUAAAGAUGUUUCUUUUCCAAGAU